AUGGCCAAGUCCCGAGCUGCUGAAGACCGGCAUUCGUCCGAUGACAGUUUCUCUCAAUUAUCCAACAAUGAUGCCACGGAAAUCGAACAUACAAACCGGCCGGCGAAGAGGAGACGAUUAUCUGUAUCCUCAGACGACUCAGAUGGCGGUAAUCCUGCUCCCAUCGCACCAUUGCCGACCAUUUCGCGUAUAAGGAAGAAGACCGAAGUAUCAUCUACUCAAUCCAAACCUCAGACCGAGGAGCCGGUCACUAGUCAAGAUGCGCGCGAGAUCGGGCUUCAGGUAGUAGAUUCAACAUUUGCGUCCCUCAACGUUGCUCCGUGGCUCGUCAAAUCUCUGUCGACAAUGGCAAUUCGACGGCCUACCGCUAUUCAAAGAUCAUGUAUUCCCGAGAUUUUGAAAGGAAGAGACUGUAUCGGUGGCAGUCGGACAGGUUCUGGAAAGACGAUUGCGUUUGCAGUGCCAAUUCUUCAAAAAUGGGCAGAAGACCCAUUCGGAGUAUUUGCUGUCGUACUGACACCUACUCGCGAGCUUGCACUCCAAAUCUUCGAGCAAUUUAAAGCCAUCUCGGCGCCACAGAGUCUCAAGCCGGUACUCAUCACGGGUGGCACUGACAUGCGACCACAAGCCAUUACGCUUUCCCAAAGACCCCAUGUUAUAAUCGCUACGCCUGGGCGACUGGCAGACCAUAUUCGGACCUCAGGGGAAGACACGAUUGUGGGUCUGAAUCGUGUUCGCAUGGUAGUCAUGGAUGAAGCCGAUAGACUAUUGACCAGCGGACAAGGCAGCAUGCUCCCAGAUGUCGAGACAUGUCUCUCUGCACUGCCGCCUUCGAGUGAACGUCAGACUCUCCUAUUCACAGCCACAGUCACCCCCGAAGUCCGCGCUUUGAAGUCCAUGCCACGCCCAGAAAACCGCCCCCCCAUCUUCGUAACAGAAAUCGGCACAGAAAACCAUGCCCCAAUACCACCAACCCUCAAACAAACGUACCUGCAGGUGCCCAUGACGCACCGUGAAGCAUUCCUUCACGUCCUUCUUUCAACCGAGCACAAUUCCUCACGACCAGCCAUUAUCUUCUGUAACCGCACAAAGACCGCAGACCUUCUCGAGCGAAUGCUCCGCCGUCUAUCGCACCGCGUCACCUCCCUGCACAGUCUUCUACCCCAAUCAGAGCGAACUGCCAACCUCUCCAGAUUCAGAGCCAGUGCGGCCCGUCUCCUGGUUGCCACAGACGUAGCCUCGCGUGGUCUCGAUAUCCCCAAUGUCAGCCUCGUCAUCAACUUCGACGUUCCUCGCAACCCCGACGACUACGUCCAUCGUGUAGGUCGUACAGCUCGUGCAGGCCGGAGCGGUGAAUCCGUCACCCUGGUUGGCCAGCGAGAUGUGCAACUCAUUCUGGCCAUUGAACAAAGAGUCGGUAGGCAAAUGGUCCAGUGGGAAGAGGAAGGUGUCAGCGUUGAAACGAGGGUGGUUAAAGGUACCGUUCUGAAGGAGGUGGGUGAGGCUAAGCGGGAUGCUGCAAGAGAGAUUGACGAAGGUCGCGAUGUAUUGGGACGUCGUGUGACUAAGCUCAAAAAAGUUCGGUGA